UUACUGUUAAGACUUCGAAUGGCCUUCAAAUGUGGAUCUUAUUACAAGAAAACGAAACAAAUCCUUAAAGUGGCAUUUUGGACCAUUUUACCCUACUAUCAACGACAAAAUACAUAAUAGCACGCUCCAAAACCCAUACUUUGAUACCUUUGCCAAGUUAUUCAGCUCAAUGCAACUUCGCUAUAGGAUUUGCGCCAACCUCUCAACAGUAACAACACAUCGUCCCUAAAGAGCAGCACCGUAAGCGAAAAAUGGAUCGUUAGAUAAACGAAGUUGGUUUCUGCCGCCUGAUGAAAUUUGAUUCUUCUGAUUUUUAAUUCGUUGUUGUUCGAUAGAACAAAAUGGAUACGUGGGAUAGACUUUGAAUGGUACCUAAAACGUGUUUAUCUAAUCUUGAAUAACGAGUGAAAUAAGUGUCAUACAUUGAAGACGUCAAGUUAACGAAAUCUCAAAAAUCCCAAACCGUUAUUACAGUACUAUAGAGGUCACAGUAGAGACAUCGCAAAAAAUCUGUUACUCAACCAUGGCUUCUUCUACCGGCAGCCAGUACGAACAGCUCUUGGAAAUGAACAAAAGAUCACUAAACUUCAAUGCAGAACCAAGUUUGUGUCAACUGUGUGAUAAACUGAUUAAACCAAGAUUAGGAAUAGUGUUGGUCAACUGUUUGCAUACUUUCUGCAUUUGUUGCCUGAAGAUAUCCCUCCUGAGGGGCUCAACCGUACGUUGUCCAUUUCCCAAGGGUCGCUACGAGUGCGUCGGAAUUCUGGAACAACGGGAAAUCGACAUGCUGCUGAGCCCACAAGAGUGCACUGGCUUUAUGAGCCGCCAAAUUGGAGCACUACAAGAAGCCACAGAGUCAAUCCAGAUGCAGCUGGAUCUGCUCAAGAUUGCCACUGAAGCAAGUGUGGUUUUGAAUCCCGAAACGUUUGAAUGUCCCAUCUGCAUGGACACGUGUCAAGCUUACAAAGGCGUUAUUUUGACCGAGUGCUUCCACUGUCUGUGCUGCGAAUGUCUUGUCAAGCUGAUAAACCUCGCCGAGGAUGUGGAUAUAAAGUGCCCCAUCAAAGAUAGCAAUAGGUCCUGUGAGAGUGUUAUCCAACACCUUGACAUUAAAAACCUUCUGAACGCUGAAGAGUACAACUGUUACUUGGAACGAUCAUUGAAAAAAGCGGAACUUUCGGCGGACAAUGCUUUCCACUGUAAAACCCCGGAUUGUGCUGGCUGGUGUUUGGUCGAGGAUAACGUCACGGUGUUCCACUGUCCAGUUUGCAAAGCGCAAAAUUGUGUGCCAUGUGAGGCAUUACAUGCUGGUAUAACCUGUCAAGCAUUCAAGGAUAAAAGCGUAGCACAGACCACGGACAGGCUCUCGCAGGAGGAAAUCGACAGAAUGGUCUCUACCGGAAUGGCUAUGCGGUGUCCAAAGUGUCGCAUCGCGCUGACAAAGAUCGCUGGAUGUGAUGCGAUAAUCUGCAGCGUUUGUAAGACCCAUGUGUGCUGGGCCACUAGAGGACCGCGUUGGGGACCACGCGGUCCCGGCGAUACCACCGGAGGAUGUCGGUGCAAUGUAAAUGGAAUCAGGUGCCACGUAAACUGCCAAAAUUGUCAUUAGUCGGAGACAAUGGAGAUUAUGUUUUUACUGCAUAAUGGCCUAAUCUAAUCAACUACAUUCCAGAUGUUUCCAACCAGGCAAUUGUUGUUACAUAUUAUCGACAGAAACUGCAGGAUAAAACUGACUUUUGUAUAACUUUCAGAAAAUGUCAAUUAUAUAGUAUUUUCUACAAAUAUAAUUGAAUAAAAUACCAAACUUCUUCCGUAUACUUCAA